AUGUCCGUUCGUUGCUUUUUCGACAUAGAUAUUGAUGGUGUGCGCGAAGGUCGAAUCGUUUUUGAAAUGUUCGACGACCUUGCACCAAGAACGGUGGAAAAUUUUCGCGCUCUCUGUACAGGAGAGAAGGGUAUUGGUGCCUCCGGAAAACCUUUACAUUAUAAAGGUUGCACAUUUCAUCGUGUAAUCAAGGAUUUUAUGAUUCAAGGUGGCGAUUUCACCAGGGGUGAUGGUACAGGAGGUGAAAGCAUUUACGGAGAUAAAUUCGAUGACGAGAGUUUUGACGUGAAGCACGAUGAACCUUUCUUAUUAUCAAUGGCGAAUGCUGGAGCAAACACGAAUGGUUCGCAGUUUUUCAUAACUACUGCAAAGGCCACACAUUUGGAUGAUAAACAUGUGGUGUUUGGUAGAGUGUUGGCUGGAAAAACGGUUGUUCGCGCUAUUGAGCAUCUUCCAACGGGAUCUAAUGACAAACCGACAAAGACGGUCACAAUUGCUGAUUGUGGAGAAUUGAAAGAAGGCGAAUCCGAUGGCAUACCUGCUCCAACAGAUGGUGACUCAUUUGAGGAUUGGCCUGAGGACGAGCUUGGACCUUUGACAGCUGAAAAAUUAACAGAAAUCGCACAAACAGUUAAAAACAUUGGCAAUGAUUACUUCAAAAAAGGAGACCAGAUAAAUGCAAGUAAGAAAUAUGCAAAGGCGAUUCGUUAUUUGAAUGAGAAGCCAGUAUUUGAGGAAGAUGAGAAAGAUCUCGAAAAAAUAUUCUAUUCGCUUAGAAUUACAUGUUAUCUGAAUAAAGCUGCGUGCGCACUUAAAUUACGUGAUUGGAAAGCCGCUUUCGAAGAUACUACUAUAGUACUUAAGAUGUCACCAGAACAUUUAUCAGAAAAAGAUAAGGCUAAGGCAUUAUAUAGACGUGGCAGCGCUGAAGCUGGCAUGAAUGAAGAAGAAGCAGCUAUAAAAGAUUUACAGAAAGCUUUAGAUUUUAAUCCUCAAGAUGCUGCCAUCAUGAAAGAAUUGGCUAUUGUUAAACAAAAAGUUCAAGCCCGUGAAAAAGCACAAAAGAAACAAUUUGCAAAAAUGUUUGAAUAA